AAAAAUCCUCCCCUUUCGCAUUUCAACAUUUGUUUUAUAAUAAGAGUGCGGGAGAAAGUCCAAAUUUGGACUGAUCGAUUGAUCAUCUCCACACAGGCCGCCGACUCCAAUCUAACUCGCUCCCGACUACUUGUCCCGCCCCCCCCGUCCUCCGUCUGAUUGGUCUGUUGGGGCGGAGAGGGGGCUGGUGAUUGGCGGCGGGCUCCGUCAGUCGGUCGGUGUGUGGGGUCGCGGUGCGCUGCGGCCUUGCUCCUGGUUUGUUGUCAUGUCGCUUGUGGACUUUCACUGAGGCUGAUCAUUCUGAUGGUGAAGCUGGCACUGGGUUAGAGACCUUGGGAAGAUGAUCAUAGAGAAUCUGGACGCUUUCAGAUCCUGGUUGUCAAGGGCGCUGGACCCUAUUUGUGACGCUGAUCCUUCAGCUUUAGCAAAGUAUGUUGUGGCUUUAGUUAAGAAAGACAAGCCAGAAAAAGAACUGAAGGCUUUGUGCGUUGAUCAACUGGACGUAUUUCUGCAAAAAGAAACUGUUGGCUUUGUGGACAAACUUUUUGAUGCUUUAAGCACAAAGAACUACGUGCCACGACCAGAACAACUUGUCCAGGAGACCUUGAAGCAGGACAUGCAGCCUACGUGGCAAGAGAGGGAGGACAAAAAAGAAGUUCCCCUCUAUGAUGAGGACCAAGAUGGUAGAAAACCUUUAUUAAAGAAAAGUCACAGUCCUUUUAAACCCCUAUUAGGGCCUAUUGAUACAAGAACUCGCGACGAGAAAAAACGUGAAGAACGACGGCGCAGAGACUUUGAGAGAUAUCCCCAUUCUAGAGAUCUUUAUCGAGAUCGAUAUGACCGUCGAAGAGGCAGAAGUUAUAGCCACAGUCCGUCAAAGACCAAAAGUCGAAGUCGCAGUCGCAGUAGAGACCGGAAUCGAGUCCUUGGCCGCAGCAACAGCACAAGCAGGGAUCAGCAUAAGGAGAGAUCGAAGUUUGAAUUGGAAAGAAAUGAGGCCACGGAGAACAUGUAUGUUCCUAGUUGUACAUCAGUAAGCAGUUCAGCUGAUCAGUAUUAUGCUGGAGGGCCCCCUGCUCCAAGUGCAGUAACUGUGGUAGCUCCUGUCCACCACCCUGACAACACUACUGAGAGCUGGUCUAAUUUCUAUAACAACCACACGGGCACAAAUUCCUUCGGUAGAAAUGCAGCUCCAAAACGCCGGUGCAGAGACUAUGAUGAGAAAGGUUUCUGUAUGCGUGGUGAUCUCUGCCUCUUUGAUCAUGGUAAUGACCCGUUAAUAGUGGAAGAUGUCACUCUUCCUGGGAUGAUCCCGUUUCCGCCACCACCUCCAGGCUUGCCUCCGCCAGGCCAUCAGUUGCCUCCGCCGGGCCAUCACUUGCCUCCGCCUCUACCAGGUCUGCCUCCAAGCUUGAGGUUACCUCCUAUACCACCACCUGGACAGCCACCUCCUCCUGGUAUCCAUUCUGUAUCUGGACCACAUCCAAUCUCAAAAAGCAGUAUAGAUGGUAUUGAAGUCUCUGGCACUGGUACAGUACCCACGUUGCCACCACCCGGAUUACGGCCCCCACCUUUACCACAGUAUCCACCAUACGCAACUUCAGAAUAUAACUAUGAGCCUGAUGGGUAUAAUCCUGAGGCACCCAGUAUUACUGGUGGUGCUAGGCCUCAAUAUCGACACUAUAUCCCACGAGUUCAGACGGAGCGUCCUAAUUUGAUUGGAUUAACAUCCAGCACCAUGGAUAGUCCUCAGCGAGUACCUACAAAAAUUAAUCAAGCAGAGGUCUGCCUAGCUGCAGCUGCCAGCAACAAUGCUUCACGUGUAGUCAUUGAACCUGAUUCCAGGAAGAGAACUGUGGUUGCUGUAGACGGGCCACCAAUGAAAAAACUUUGGAUGGAAAAGCAACAUUUUAACCAUCAAAACAAGCAAGGUUUUCAGAAGAAAAUUCAACACGCUUAUGAUAACACAAAGCUGGAGGUUCGCAAGAUCCCAAGGGAAAUGAACACCAUUACCCAGCUAAAUGAACACUUCAGUAAAUUUGGUACUAUUGUCAACAUUCAGGUUGCAUUUGGAGGUGAUCCAGAAGCAGCUCUUAUUCAGUACUCUCAGAACGAGGAGGCAAAGCGAGCCAUUUCCAGUACUGCAGCAGUAUUGAACAACAGGUUUAUUAGAGUGUAUUGGCACAGAGAGAACAAUGGGAUUCAACAUCAGCAUCAGCAUGAAGUACAGGCGCAACAGUUAGCAGUAUCGCAGCACAACACUGUUCAUAAGAUUUUAAACCGAAACCAAAGUCCAGGGUCUUUUGUGCUGACAAAUACACCAGCAAAGCAACGACUUGGGUCAGUGGGUGGAAGUCAGCCUGAUGGGUUGCAAUCCAGUUCAAACCAGUUUGGGGCUGGUGGAGAAGCUUCACAGGUACUUCCUUCACCCACAAGUCUGGUAAAGGCAGGCUAUAGUUCCUCUGCCACAAAGACAAAUCAUAAGUCUUCUGUAGCAUCCAGUAAAGCACUUGAAACUAAAGAAGCUUUAAAGAAAAAACAGGAAGCUUUGAAAUUGCAGCAAGAUAUGAGGAAGAAAAAACAAGAGAUGCUGGAAAAACAAAUUGAGUGCCAGAAGGUAUUAAUUUGCAAGUUGGAAAAGAAUAAAAAUAUGAAAACAGAGGAGAGAGCCAAAAUUAUGAAAACAAUUAAAGACUUAACGGAAAGAAUAUCACAAUUGCGAGAUGAAUUAAAAGCUACAUCAGCAUCAACACCACCAGUUCCAUCACAACCAAAAUCUAAAUCUGAUGCACAGAAGGAGUUACUGGAUGCAGAACUGGAUUUCCACAAGAAGCUUAACUCGGGAGAAGACACGACAGACUUGCGUAAAAAGCUGAACCAGCUCCAAGUGGAGGCUGCACGAUUGGGUAUUCUUCCAGGAGGACGUGGUAAAGCCAUGCAGACACGAGGCAGAGGUCGAGGCAGGAGUGUGAGGGGAAGAGGUGCACAGAUGCAUAUGGUGGUUGACCACAGACCCAAAACAUUAACAGUAUUUGGCUUUACAGAGGAGGAAAAAGAUGAAUUAAAUCCACAUUUUUCGAAAUUCGGAGAAGUGGAAGACUUCCAAGAGGAUACUCCUUUAAGUGUUAGAAUAACAUUUAAGACGAGAAUUGAAGCAGAAAAUGCUGCAAAUCAGGGUACAAAGUUCAAAGGUCGAAACCUUCAGAUCUCCUGGUACAAGCCAAAAGCACCUUCAGUAUCAACAGAACCAGAGGAGGAGGAAACAAAAGAAGAGGCGUCAGAGCCCGUGGAUCCUUUCUUUCGUGAAGAUGAUGACGAUGAAGAGGAAGAUGACGAAUCUCGCUCCUGGAGACGAUAAUGGGAUUUAGAAUUUUCAUACUAUCGUUAUGAACUUUUGUGAAUUUUUUUGUGUUUAAAUAUAUUUACUAAUUUUACAGAAACAUUUUUAUUGUAUUUAAAGAAGAAAAAUGAGUUUGCAGCAUUUUGGUGAGAAAUACAAAAAAAGUUAGUUUCUUUCCUUUCAGUGCUUUUAGGAUACAUGCCCCAAAGGAAGUAACUCACAGAAUGAUUUGGGGGAGAAAUAUAGGUGAAAUAGGGAAUAACCAGAAAUAUUCUGCUUUCGCAGAAGUCCUUGUAUGAAUGUAUAUUAAAAUUGUGUAUAUACUUUGCCUUUUUUUUGAUCAGAAGAGCAUUUAAGCCUGUAAGUAAAUUUUGAUAGGUGUUUUUUUCCCCUUUUUUAAAAAAGAAAGAACAAUUGAAACACCAAAAUCCAUCUCAGAUGGAGAGUGAAUUAAUUGAAAUAUUGAGUUCCAUGUAGGAAAGUUGAGGAGAAAGAGAGAGAGUUCACUUUACGAUCCUAAACAACUUGUGUUUUUUAUUCCUCAGCUGUGUGGUGGGUUUAAAAAAAGUGUCCCUUUGGUAAGCAACAAAGAUACUGUAGAACCAAGAUGGCAUCUGUUAACCAAUUCUGUAUUUAAUUGGAUAAAGUAUGGCAUUCCUUGAAGCUGAGCUAUGUGAAUGGUAGAUAUUUAGCAAGCUAUUUUAAAGCUGCAAUAUCCCACUGCUUUGAUUAAAAUGCUAAACUAGAUAUCUUAUUAAUUUGCUAUUUAUCAAAUCCUUUUUUUUAAAAAAAUGGAAAUUUCUCAACAUUGUCAUUGCUUGAAUUUGCUUUUCAUAAUCUUCCAUUGGCUGUGCAUUGUUGAUUUUGUUUUAUUUGGUUUCUCUGUCACCCCAGGACAGCUUAAAAGAUCAGACAUGGUAAUGUUGCUCCAUGUUUGAUAUUACAUUAAUAAUACCAGAUAAGGGAAUAUAUCAAUGUAUUUUUUCCCUUGAUUUGACAUGAUAGUGUUGGUAAAGGAGCAAGAUUAUUCUUUAUUUUUCAACUGCUUAAAAAAAAGUAACUUUAAAAGUAGGAAAUAAGCAUUGCUUUUAGUAGUGGAUACUAAAUGGGUCAAGUUUACAGAAGAAAUUAUCUUCAAGAAGUCUCCUGGCCCACCAUUCCUGAUUCCUAUCUUACAAGUUGUUAUUAAAAUAUUAAGUGUUCACCGAUCAGUCAAGGUUGAGCAGACUUCAGAGAUUAAGAUCUAUGGAAGGGAAGAAGAAUUAUUUCCUCAAGAUUGAACUACAAUUCCCGUUGACAGUUGUACAAGUAAAAUGGCUGUUUGUUGUUGUGAGGCUUCAAUUACAUUGAGAUCAUCCACAGUGGAGAUGAUAUUAGUAAUCCAUAUGGCAAUAUUUCAAGAAGUUCACGAUCAAAAUUCAUUCCAUUUCUCUUAUUGCACAUAUAAACCCCUGUUUAUUUCAAAAUUGGAUUUGGGUGUAGGGAAUUGCAGAGUAAGAUGCUGAAUUUUUUUUUGCACAAUUUCAUGCAUUUUUUUUCUUGCACUGGGAUAACUUCCAAAAUAUUGUCUCGUAUUAGUUUUGCUGGUUUGAUAAACUGCAGAAAUAAUAGCUCUUAAAGUGAUAAGGAAUUUCUGAAGAUUGCAUCAAGGCAAAAAAAACUGCACACUACAAAAAAAAGUCACUAAGUACUGUUAACGUUAAAAAGCUUGAGGGUUUUAAUUUUCUGAAACUAAAAUAAAGAUGCACUUGUAGAUGCAUGUUUAACUGAUGUAAACCAAUUUAUUUUCAAUUUCUGUGGAAAUGCAGCUUUAAAUAGAACAGUUAUCACAUGCAGCAUCUGAGUGAAAUAAAACACAGUUGUUGGUAACAGAAUACCACCUUACAAGCAGCUCUUUUGAGGUUUAUGAAGUAAAAUCUUGUUUAAGCUCACUUAUGUCCUGAAAACCAUAAUGUCUAUAUUGUGGGAGUUUCAGGUUCCUACCAUAAGGAUUAAUUCCUUUGCGGAUCCUGAAACUCCUGAAUCUGUAACAUCUGUGUUCUACAGCUGUUUCUUUUAUAUAAAGAAAUAUGACUGCUGCAAGGAAAUUUGACCAUUACUUUUGAUGACAAUUUCAGAUGAUGAAAUAAUGAGGAAAAACUGGAAACAGUGCCAUCUUGUGAUUAACCUAGUUACCAUCACACUGUUGUAAUUGUACAAUCCAAGUCUGAUGUAUGUAAACUGUGUGACUGCAUAAAUCCCUGCAAAAAGCAGCCACCUUUAUUCAGUUUCAGCAGAGGUAGUCUGCAGAGAAAUUCCUCAACAAUAUCUAUUCAUGAACACUACAGCAUGUUGCACAACUGUCUUGAAGAUUCUUGAGGUUGUUGCUGACGAAUGUAACUUUACUGUGUCUGAAAAUGUAAGUAGUAUAAAUUAUGUGGUCUGACAUAAAUAGCCUUCCUUUCCCUUCCUCUGAAUGAACCGAUGAUGGUUUAAGAGUAAUUUUAAGGUUGGAGCUUAAUUUUGGAGUCAGGUUUAAAAUAAAAAAAAGUGGCUGGUUGUCUCUAACUUAUGGAUACAACAGCUUAAAAAAUUCCACAGUAUCUACCUUACCAAAUGUCACACCACCACUGGUUCACUGUAAGAUAUGUUACACACUUAAAACACCCAUCUUUUCCAUACACAUUUCACAAAACUACUGAAAACUGGAAAUGAGACUUAUCCUUUGAACUUAGCUUGGAUCAAACUUGGCAUUGGUCCUUUGAAACAUGAGCAAACCUGAAUGUCAAAUUUUUUUUGUUCUCUCAGCUAUCUUGCAAGAUUCCAAUUACCUUUGUUAUUUUUUUGUUUUACUUUCUUUCGUUGCCUCUGCUUUAUCCUGUUUGUCCUCGUCUUGUACAAUUUAAUGUCCCGUGCUGUUCAUUUAGAACACUGUUGUGAUGUAGGGAAGGCUGCACUUUUCUUUUUAAUGGAGAGUAUGUAUGGCAUUUACCAUCAUGAAGAGGGAGGAGGGAUAGAGGAGCACUGGGGCUUGAGGUGGUCACUGCCAUGUGAACUUUGAAGGAACAUGCCAUGAUUGGGCUUAACACAAGAUGCAUUGUGUUGAAGAGGACUCAUAGCUGUAGUUAGGCAUUUAGAAUUUACCAUUGUAGAGCUUUUAUUUUGUGGGGUGGGACAACCAGAUAUCCUAUGACUUUCUUUUGUAAGUAAAUACUUGUAUAAUAGUUAUUCAGAAUUGUGAACGCAUAGAAUAUCAAUGUAUUUUUAGGUUGUUUAUGCUAAAAUGUGAAUUCAGUGCAAGUUUCUUGCACUCUUCAGUAAAAUGUUACUUCAUUGGGUGAUAUUGUUGCUGAAUUUGUAACAGUUUAUACGUUUGGAUUUAUGUCUUCAUUUCUGUUUUACUGAUUGUAUCUGAAUUUCUAAUAGAGGCAUGUUCACAUUUGAAAUAAAGUCACACAAUGGAAUGGUUUACAAUAUAAAAUGUUUAAAAAGAUUAAAAAUGAUAUAUAUAUAUAUGGAUAUGGAGGAAAAAGAUGGAAAAGUUUCAAAAGAAUAAUUCAAAAAAAGAAAGUUUAAAAGAAUGAUUUAAAAAAAAGGAAAAUGUUUAAAAAAAAGAAUGAUUUAAAAAAAUUAGUCAAAAAAAACCAUUCC